GCACCCGAGGCGCCGCGGGCCGGACUGCUGCCCGCGGGGUGCGGCAGGUAGAGCCCGGGCACGGGGAGAACGGAGCGCCGGCACCCCGCCCGUUCCCCGUGAGCCGUGCGGACCGCGGCGGGGAGCCCGGGCUAGCGGCCCGUGGCGCGCUUCCCGCACGGCAGCGGCGGCGGCGCUAUGUUGGUCCGGUGCCUCCGGUGGCUCCGGCACGCCUGCGGGCGCUCCAUGCCCGCCUCCGAGGCCGUGCCGCUGCCGUCGCCCAGCAAGAGGCAGAAGGGCUCGGGGCCUGCAGAGGCCUCCGCACGUCUGCGCUUCACCAAGCUGUCCGAGAACGCCUUCGCCCCCUCCCGGGGCUCCGCCCGGGCUGCGGGCUACGAUCUGUACAGUGCCUAUGACUGUGUGAUACCACCCAUGGAGAAGGCUGUGGUGAAAACAGACAUUCAAAUAGCACUUCCUUCUGGAUGCUAUGGCCGAGUAGCACCACGUUCUGGUUUAGCUGCAAAGCACUUCAUAGAUGUUGGAGCUGGUGUUAUUGAUGAGGAUUACAGGGGAAAUGUUGGUGUGGUACUGUUCAACUUUGGCAAGGAGACGUUUGAAGUUAAAAAAGGAGAUAGAAUUGCCCAGCUCAUCUGUGAACGCAUUUAUUAUCCUGAGCUAGAAGAAGUUGAAGCUCUGGAUGAUACAGAACGUGGUGAAGGUGGCUUUGGCUCUACUGGAAAGAACUGAAAAUUACUUGAAUACGCUUUCUAUUUUUGGUUUUUUGUUCUAUGUUUUCUAAAUUUCCAUCUGAAUUAGAAUUUUUGGAGUACAUAAAAAUAUUUCAAAUUUUAUUGAGACUUCUCUGUAUCUGUGCUGCAGUGAAUUUGUCUGCAUAAUGAGGAAAUAUGCAUGACUGGCUUAACUUAGUAGUUGAUGUAUUAUUUUCUCUUUCAAGAUGUUUGGUCCUCAGCAAUAAGAACACAUUGUUUAUGUGACAAUUAUACUGUAAUAAACGAAGAAAUAACUUAAUGACCUAAAAUACAACAGCCAGUUGUUCCCUUGCCAGUUUUUUUAGACUUCUGAAAGCUAUCUUCAACAUGGUUAAAGAUUUCAUACUGAGAGCCUGUUUCAUACAGCCUCAGUGACAGCAUCAAUAGGACUUUCCAUUCUGACAUCAAAAUCAGAAUAAGAAAAGAUAUUUAAUAUUGCACCCUCUACAACCUGUCCAAAUACUUGUGUUUCUGUUCAAAGCUAAAGUUCUGACUUUGAUCCUUAGCUCAUCUUCAAGUGGCCAAUUUUUCAGCUCUCUUAUAUUAAAAGAAAAAGCAAAAAGUGUUUGAGUUAAAUAGCACAACUCAUCUGAAAAUAACUUCUGUGUAGUAAAUAAGAGCUAUGAAUUACACUUUUGGAAUAUUUGUUACAAAUUUAUCAAUAUGUUAAUAUCUGAAAGAAAAAUUCUGAAUUAUUUAAGCAGUGCAUAGUUUGGCUUUUUUUAAGUUUACUUUUGUCCAGUUAAGAUAAUUUUUUUUUAAUCUAUCCUAAACCUGAUUCAAUAAGUGUGUGGAAUUUCUUAGAUGGCUCUCUAACUUUCAGGUGAAAGAACACGCAGAGAAGAGAAGAAACAAAAAAAGGAAAGAAAAGUGACUAUUUUUCCACUUUACAUAAAAGAAUUAGAAAAGGCUCUGAAGCUCUCAAACACUUUUUCCUGCAGCUGUCUGUACUUUAAGAUUUUCUUAUCUGGAAGGUUACAGGUAGGAAAUACUGUGCAUUAAGUUAGCAGUAGAAAGGUGUUCCCUUUGUAGGCUGAUGUUCAUACUGCUCUUCUGCUGGGUAAUUUCAGCUCAGGAUAAUCCUGUUAGUAUUAAUUUCAUGUUCUUGUCUAGGACUAUUUUUUGUGAAGUAUGCCCAAAAUACUACACAUUUUAUACAUUUUAUCCUGCCCACUCCUGCAAGGAGCUGCACAAUAAGGAGCAGUGUAACAGCAUUUAGAUCCCUUCAGCCAUGGGAUAGGCAUUACACUGGCUUGGCAGUGCUGAAACAAGAAUUGGAUUCAUCCUUGUCCAGCCUUUUCCUCUAAGUGCAUGAUAUGCUGGUCAGUUGGUUUGCUGUUGGUCCUUACCCCUCAUCAUAGUGCUCUACUUGGAUCUGUACACCCAGACAGACCAACGGGAGCAGGCACACCCUGCAAAAGGCUGCUGCAAGCAAGGAGCACCAAUCAUACCAAUGCAGUCUAAAUGAACUGGGAAAGCUGAGCUUAUUUUAUUCAGUUUUGCAACCUGCCAAAAAGGAAUUUAGAGGAUAUUUAAAGGUCUUAAAAUCUGUGAUCCUUUUGUGAAAGCUGUUUCCUCUUCUUGGACUGUAAGAUAAGAGAAAGUUUUGCUGCAAUUUUUAGUUUCCACCUCCUGAAGUAAAGACCCAGCAGGGGUUCCACUAAUGCAAGUCCUUUUUUAAAAAAGAUGCUGCAAGAGACUUCACUUGGAAGAGCAACCUACAAGGAAGAAGUUGGAGUUCAGGUGAUACUCAUUACUUAUUGUACCUGAUGGAAACUGAUCUGAUUUCCAUUUUGGAAAAUAAUGCUAAUACUACAAAUCAUGAUCUCAGGAGCUAUAUCAGACAUAUAAGGAAAAAACAAAUUUACAUAUGCAUACCUGCAGUAACUUGUCAACAUUAAAACCAUUAUCUGUCAUUACCAGAA